AUGUGUACUUUUAACUUAUAUGUCGGUGUACUUUUUUUUAUCGUAUCAAAAAUUUCUGGAAAUGAUAAUAUUACUUAUCCAAAUUUUCCUAGACAAGCAGAAUUUAUUCGUGAAAAUAUCAUAACUCAAGGUCAAUAUAAACGUGUAUCAUCUGAAUUUAUUUUUGAUUCGUAUAAUGAUCGUCUUAUUGAAAUUAAUGAUGAAAAUAUAAUCUAUUCGAAUUAUACAAUACUUCGAAAAUCUAUUUAUCCAAGAAAUCAUUUAAAACAAUGUAAUGUCUAUCCAAUAGAUGUUAAUAAUCCACCUGAUGGAUUAUCUGCUUGGACAAAUCCGGAUAUGGGAACAACACAUAUUCGACCAUUGAAUGAUAUUUUCAAUUUUCCACUAAAUGCUAUCUAUCUUGGUGAAACAAUGUUACGUGGAUAUAUUUAUGUGAAUCAAUGGAUAUCAACAAUAUCCAAUGAUUUAGAAAUGAUUUGGUCAUUUUCGAAAUCAAAUUAUCCAAUGCCUUGGAAUCCGGAAAAUUUUUCUAUUCCUGUACAAAUUAUUAAACGACAAAAAUCAGAUGGAGUUAUUCUAGAAGUAACAAAUAUUUUUAGUUAUAAAACAAUAAUUACUAAAACACAUUUAAUAUCACCACCAAGUGGGAUUUUUUGUGUAAAUUUAACUGCAGCAGAUGAUCUUAUAAGUCUUCAAGAUGUUGGUAUAAAUUUUCCUGAGAGAUUUAGUGUUCGUAUUGAUGUUUCAAGUACAUCACAAUUUCUUUGGCAUUCAGUUCAUCUUCGUUAUCUUUCAUUAAAUGGACAAAAAUUCAUUCGUUAUGAUUAUACACCAUUUGAUAAUACACAAAAUCCAGUAACAAUUAUACUUGAUAAUACUGACGGUGUACAACGUUCAUAUAAAAUCGAUCGUCACACAGGUUCAUGUAUUAUAAAUGAUUCUGUUGAAAUUGUUUUAACGUCAUCUGUUUUACAUAAUCCAAUUGAAACAUUGAUUAAAUAUGAAAGUCUUCUUCUUACAAAUCCACCGCAUCAUAUUUUUCAAUAUACUGGUAAUCGUCAAUGUCGUGGAUCAAUUUUAUGUUCAAUUUUUGUUGCACAAUUAUCUGGAUUUCCAACUGACUCACAAGAAGAUUGGACAAUGACAAAUAUUGAAUGGGGAUGGUCAAAACGAAAUAUCGAUCAUAAUGAUUCUCCAUAUGAUUAUCCAGUUCAUCUUAAUUUAAAUUUAUAUAGAAAAAAUUCCGAACCACCAGCUACGAUUCAUUAUGAAUUUUAUGAUUAUCAUACAGAAGUUCAUCUGAAUGAAUUUGAUGUUAAUUUAUGUUAUCGAUCAAAUCAACUAUGGUAUAAUCAUUUAGCAUUUCAACUUAAAAUUACAAAUCAAUCAACAACAGAUGGCAUUGAAAAUGUUAUAAUUAAUCGACGACGUUUAGGUGAAUACAUUCGUAAUCAAAUGAUGGGAAUAAUGUCAUUAAAAUAUUUACGUAUAUCUCAACUUGAACUUGAUCAUCAUCCAAAUGAACCAGGUCAUAAUGAUACACUUUAUUGUAUAUUUACUUUACUUGAUCGAACACCUUUUGUUGAUCCAAAUUCUGAAACUGAAGUACUUGAUGCGAAAAAUAAACUUGAAAAUGCUAUUAAUUCGGGUGAAUUUCAUUUUACAACUGAUGAUAAGCUUUCAAUUGAAGCAAUAAAAAAUUCAUUAGAAGAUGUUCGAUAUUUCUAUGUAUUCAAUCCUAAUAUUACAAGUAAUCAAACAAUUUCUUUUAGUAAUACAACUGUACAUGUAAAUCGAACUAUUAUUGAAACAGUUGAAGAAGUUUAUGAAAAAAUUCAAUAUUCAGAUGGAGCGCAAGCUGGUGCAGUUAUUGGUGGAAUGAUUGUUGGAAUUCUAAUAGGACUUUCUCUGACAUUUAUUGUAGUAUUUAUGAUCAAAAAAAAAGCAAAUGCAUCUCCAACUGGUGGUCUUACAUUUCGAAAUUUUAAUUUUCGUGUAAGUAAUAAUCGAACACAAGAUGAUCUAUCAAGUAUUGCUAUGGAAAAUCCAAUACAUAGUAGAAAUAAAACAUCUACCUAA